CCGAAGCAAAAGUGAGAACCCGCACCAAACACCAGACUUGAGUUUGUCAGUGCUAAACGAAUCGAGAAAACGGUGUCAAGUGAUAAUGUAUUUUGUGUGAACCAUCCAGCGGUUCAGUCGAUUCUUUGCUGGAUGUUGUGCUUUUUCAAGUUCCUUCUUUUAUUACGCUGUUAUUGUUGGCACAAUUUUAAAGGUGCAAAUUUUAAAGCCGUGACGUAGAUGUUAUAUUCGGUGAUUCGGAGUGCCUUCAUUGGAACCUACUCGCACAGUGAAUAAUGUAAUUUACCAAUAUUGCGGCGCAGAAUGUCCCCUCAGAGCUGAUCGGUUAAUCCCUGCCUGGUUUACGGAAUUGUUUUCUUAUUUGUGUGUGUUCAUGUGCAUUCAAAGUUUAACUUGAAUGGGGGCAGAGUAUGCAGUAACAAAACAAAACAAUCUUGAAUAGUGUUGGUACGGGUGAAAAUUGCUGUGGGAACCUACUGGCUGCUUGCAUUAGAAAACUCCCAUAGUAAAGCUGGAGUAGAAGAUCCAGUUAUAAAAUGUUGGAGACGAAAGUGUGUUUGAUCUCCAGCGCAGAGUGGUUGAAAAGUUUCUCAAAUCAUUACGAAUAACUGCAGUUUCUGUUCGUGACAUUGACGGAAUCGCACGAGUGCAUCGCAUAUCAAGUGCUGGUAAUUCAGGUCGAUUCGAUGGUAGUACCAUCGGACAGGUGUCGGCUUUAGGAAACCAAUGGGAUUUGUAUGUACAAACAUACAAGCAAGUUGAAUAACUCUCCUACUCAGCGGAGCCAUUCGUCAUGGAGAAAAGUUUUGAUGAAGUAACAGUCUCCAGUCUAUCGGAUCUGCGGCUGGAAAGCGUCUCCGGUACAGGGGUCACGAUAGCCGACUUUGAGUCCCAGCAGCAGCAAUCAUCUUCGUCACCAUUCCAUCGGGAAACCUCUCAACUUGACGGCGGCAACCAGAGCAACAACAACAACAACGGCCAGCAACGCAACAACGGUAGCAACGGUAACGAGAAUAAUUUAAAUCGGCUGAAGAAACCAUCCAAGAAGCAUCACAGUCAUCAUCACCAACAGCAGCAGCAGCAACCUAUGUUUAAUCCUUCCAAACAUUUGGACGUUUGGUUGGCCAACGCCAUACGUGGUCUGGAGAGUGCGUCCGGUUUGGAUCCAUCCGAUCAGCUGGACAGUCCAACGCUGAAGGGAAAUUUUGCGGAGCCGCUUUCGUUACCACCGUUUUUGAACUACCUUGACGGCCCGAACACGUCCUCGUCACCAUCGGGACUUUUCUCGCCAACUCACCAGCAGCAGCAGCAGCCACAGCAGUACCAACAGCAACAGUCAUCGGUUCCGGGCUUUAUUCAGCAACAGCAGCAGCAAUUCCUGCAACAACAGUACCGCUUCGGUGGCGGUAAUUUCGCGACAGCUACCAACGACGGAAGUGAGUUUGCUAGUCUACCACCUAGGAUUAACCACCAGAGUCAUCCGGCACAACAGGCCUAUCAGUUCGGUCGAAGGUUUCCGCUGCAACAGCAGAACUCGAAUUCGUCGUUUCAGGAUUUGGUGAAUUCGCAAAGAAUAAUGACGGACUCGUAUAUCAACGAUUCGUCGGAUAACGAAUCGAAGAACAGCUGUGCCAAAUCAAAGCAGGAAGUGGCGGAUGCCCUGCUAGCUGACCUCAACCUACUGAACGCCAAUGCCACGCUCAAUAGUGGUGGCAGCGGUGGUAGCCCCGGAAACGGAGGUUUCAAUGGCCCAUCCACAGGAAACGCUAGUAGCAACCAAAAUAAUUUGGUUCUAGUGUUGUUGAAAGAAAUUGGCAAACUGCAUGAUACAAACAAGAAGAUAUGUCGAAAUUUGCAUGAAACUAAAGUGGAGAUGGAAGCUUUGAAGCAUACUCCGCACUGGGGCCUCAGUCAGCGUAGAGACAGCAUUAGCGGUCUGAGCACCAAUAGUCAACCGGUAGGAAUGCGUUACAAUGGCUUUGGGUUACAAAGUCCCGCACCGACAUAUCACUCGCAAGGCAACUACACGCCCGGCAUUGUAACGGAUGUAAUUCGUGAAAUUCGGGAGGUCUCCCGGGUCCGGGAAGAAGCCCUGAUGGAACGCAUGAAAACGAUGAUUGAGGAACGUUCCUGGAGCUUGAAUGAGGCCAACUUCCGGCUGCUGAAAGAAUCGGAAGAGAUGAAAAAGUCCAUCCAUUCCGUGCGAUCCGAAAUGAACCAGAUAGUAGAUCGAAUGCUCAAGCUGGAAAAUGAAGUAAUAAAUUUGAAGGCCCAGCUUAACCAUCAGCAGCAGCAACAACAGAACCUAGCUUUUCGGGAGCGGGACACUUUCGGACCAGGCUUGUCGGGUAGCGUACCAGCAGCAGCAGCAGGGAUGGCUGCCAGCAAACUGCGGAGAAACAGUUUGCAUUUGAACUACGGACGAAUAAACAAUGCGGAAGAAUUCUACGGCAAUAAUUUUAGCGACGUAAACACUGAUCUGCGAUACAGCAACGGAAGCAAUAUGAGAAAGUUUGGUGAGAAUAAUUUUGGCUCGACGUUAAAUGGUGGCGGUUUUAGUGAGGAAAUGCAUGAUGAAUCCUCGAAUGAUCAGGUGUUGUUGUUGGAGAAGGAUGCGUUAAAAUUGAGGCGUGAGCUACAAGACGCGUUGGCCUCUAAGCAGGAGUCGGAAAACCGGAUUACAGCUUUGGAAAAUAUUGUAAGCACUCUCAAAGAACAGGUCCCGUCAGAACCAGCGAUGGUCGCCCCCAUUCCCCAACACCACGCAUCCAUCGUCCAUCAUCGACCACUAUCGACGAGUCCAGCUGGACCCCAGGUGAUUAACAACAGUAGCAACAACAACAACGACAACAAUGGCACUUUGAGCAGUGCCGGUCAGCAGCACGUCAAUUCGUACUACAUCCGAAGCGGUAACAAUGUGUCACCGAAUGCUGCCAGUCAGAAGCUUCCGUCAGCUUCUACGUCACCGAAACUACAGAAGGCGGCACAGAUAAGUUUCUCAUCAAAAUCAAUCGUACCUUCCAAAAUAAAUCUAACAUGAGCUAGACGAAAAAUGAAACAGUAACCAAACGUGCCAUUGUCAUUUUGUCCAUUGAUGUAAACACCGUUUUAAGAGCAAACAUUACGAAUGGUGAUUUUUUUAUAAAUGGAAGCAAAAUAGCUUUGUUUAUUGAACCACGGGUGACACAUUAAAACUACGGAAUACAAUACAAAAAAAUCGAUAAGAGCAUGGCGCAAAACCAUAAGUAUAUUUAAACCAAAAAUAUGAUAUAUUUUCUAAACUAAUAAACUAACCGCGGGUAGCAUGAUAUAAGAGCUAGCAACAAGGUAGCGUAAAAUGCAACAAACGUUUUUUUCUUGUUUUAACAAAACUACACAAAAUACAAAUUUGCCGAACUCAACAAGUCCAUAGAUUUAAUAGUUUUAACGUACUACUUAUGAGCGAAAGCAAAACUAUAUCGUAAAAUAUACUAUAAUAAUAUAACUGGAAACAAGCUAAACCUAACUGUUCAAGUUGAUCGAAUUCAUUUCACUCUAGAAAAAUGUUCUGGAAAUAUGCGCAGGCAGUGAUUGGUUACGGGUGAUUUUAAAAUUCCACCAUUUAUUUUAGUGUAAUAAUGAAUCGGGCCCCAUCCCGACCCAUCUCGGGUUAGCAAAAAUUUACACAAAUUAGAACUGGGGGUGCUGCGAUUACAUUGCAUUGUUCGAACAUGAGCCGUUGCUUUUGGCUACUUAAUGAGAUUAUAACAUGGUGUGGAACGGCCUAGAAAUUGGCGGCCUUGAAUAUUUAGUUGUACUGAGCGGUGAUGUUCAUAAUAACUAUGAGGAAACUGCAUUCCUGUAUAACUGCACCCAUCACUUGAUUCGAACUUUGUUUUAAUUUAAAUGUUAUCCAACAGUCAAUUUUAUUUGUAAAUAUAUUACCACGGUCGAAAUGGAACCGCAAAUCGGAUUGUAAUAUUUUUUUUAUAUUUAUUUAUUUAGUGUUUGAAUUCAGGAGAUAGAGAACUUGUAGAUAAUUUUAAGACGGUUUGCGAUUUUUCCGCUGAAAUACAGCAGCCUUGCACCAACUAAUAGCAAUAUAUAUUACAAUACUUAUCUAUUCAAGACGAUUCAAAUAGGGUAAUAUUUUCGUCACUUAUACCUACCUACAAAUGAUCACUGAACGAUUCUAACCGAACAUGAUAGAUAGCAGAGAUUGGCGUCAGCGGUAAUAUUUUUGUAAGAGCGUUAAAAAUAAAUUAAUAUGACUACUUAGUAUGAAUGAAACAAUGCUACCAUUUUUAA